ACAAACUGCUCUACAUACCUACAAAACACAUACUUAAACCAUGUUUACUAUUUAUUAUGUUUUAAUAAGACCUGCUUUUUCAAGUAUCCAAAGUGUGUUUUCACUUAUUUCUGUUAUGUAGACGUUAUGUAGACGUACUAUUCAGAAUUCAGAGUUAAAUGCACAUCAUAACCAUAUCUGCGAGUGCAAAUUUUUAUUAUUUGGAGACUCAUACUUAAGUGGGUAAUAAUGAACCACGAGAAUUCGAUUGUUAUUCGAGACGACGAUGAGAAUAGAUCUGCGACGUAGUUUUGGAUAUUUUUUCGACUUUGCUCAAAUUCAAUUUCUGCUCUACAAUCUGGUCAACCGCAUCAUCAUCAUGUUUAGCGGUUAUAUUAAUGAUGACGAUGAAGAUGACAGUCAAGAGGAUUAUGUCCAACCCACUGUUAGCCCUAAGAAUUCAACUCUUAGGGAGAGCACAGAAAAACUGGACAAAAGUGACUUGAGUUUAUCAAUUAAACAAGCUUGCUCAUUAAACAACACAUCCAAACUGUCACUGGCAGUCAAAAUUAGAAAUAGAGAGCUUGGACCAAGUUUCACAAGUGGUGAAAAAGCUAGAAUAGCUUGUACUUACUUACCUAAUCAUGAUACCUUAGUUACAAAAUAUAACAAAAAACCAUUUUGUGGCACUUUUUCACAAGAUGGAAAAUAUUUAUUAACAACCACUCACGAUAGAGUUAUUCACUUGUAUGAACAUCAUAAGAGUGAUUACAAAGAAUACAAAAAAUUUUUUGUAUCAUCAGUUGGAUGGAGUAUUUUGGAUACUGCUUUUAGUCCAGAUGGCAAUUAUUUUGUCUACUCAAGCUGGUCUGAUUACUUGUACCUACAUUCAGUUCAUGGGGAUCCAAAAAAUCGAGAAUCCUUGUUACUUAAUGCAGACAAUCAAAUGUUUUGUGUAUUUUCAGUAGUGUUUUCUAGUGAUGGAAGAGAAUUAUUUUGUGGUGGAAAUGACGGCUGUUUAUACAUUUAUGAUAGAGGAUCUCAGCAAUGCACAAAAGUUGAAGGACACGGUUAUGACAUAAACAGCGUCGCAUUCGCUGACGAUUCUUCACAAAUUUUGUACAGUGCUGGAGAUGAUUCACUUUGUAAGGUUUGGGACAGGAGAUCCUUGCGCGAGGAUGAUCCCAAACCAGUUGGCACCUUGGUAGGACAUAUGGGUGGUAUAACGUAUGUUGAUCCACGAAGAGACGGUAGGCAUUUGAUAACAAACAGUAAGGAUCAAACAAUCAAAUUGUGGGAUGCUCGUGUAUUUUCAAGUUCAAAAGUUCAAGAGCAAGCUGAAUCUUCAGUUUCUAUUGCUUGGGAUUACAGAUGGCAGCAUGUACCAAAGAAAUUUUUAUGCCCAAGGAAACCAUUAGAAGGUGAUACAAGUCUUAUGACUUAUCGUGGUCACAUUGUAGUCCAAACGCUGAUCCGAUGUCACUUUUCACCAGCAGCUACUACUGGCCAAAGGUAUAUUUAUACUGGAUGUGGGACAGGAUGUGUGAUAAUAUAUGACUUGCUUACUGGUGAGAUAGUACGAACCUUGAAAGGACACAAUACAGUUGUGAGAGAUGUAAGCUGGCAUCCAUAUCACCAAGAGAUCGUCUCAACCUCGUGGGAUUGCAGUGUAAAAAACUGGACCUAUCGAACAGAUGAGUACAAAGAAGAUGAAAACUCGCCAUUAAAAAGAAAUUCGGAUAAUGACGAUCAAACCAGACGAGAAUCGCCAACUCUCUUACGAACUCGAAAUCAAACUUCUGCUCUCAGACGCAGUCGUCGAACUAUCUCGAGACAAUCGUCAAUUCGAAAUUUCAGUUAAUAGAGCUAGUUACAUAUGUUGUAAAAAUUAAUAGUCUAAACUUAUUAUGGUACAAUCACCAUGGUAACAAAUGAAACGGUAAGAUCAUAAGCUUUAUUGAUAUUAGAUUAAUUUAUUUAAAGUUAUUAAUCUAAAAAUGUAUGUAGCUUUAUUUUAUACACGUUAGAUUGUAAGCUAUGAUUACUUAUACUUUUACGCUAAACCAUACCCAGUAGUACAUGUAAGUUAUUGCUUACACUUUUCUUGAAUGUUAACAGUAUUUUAUUAUGCAUCGAAAUUUCAUUGCAGAGGCACUUGCUUUUUUUUCGUAAUUUUUAUAAUUUAAACUUUUUUCCGAAACCUGCGUAAGUACUUGUACACCUCAAAUUAUUUACUUUAAAGUUCGCAGAUGAGCACACAUUAUGCAAUUGUUACUUCGAUAUAAAAAUUGUAAAUAGGCAAAGGCAAAAAUUUCAAAUGAUCUUUUUACAAUGAAUAUUUGUUAAAAAUUGUU